GUAGUUUUGCACGCGCUGAUGUCACCAUCUUUCGGUAAUUUGUAUUGUUUUGGCGGGGACGGCAACUUCGACGGUUUCGGAUGAGCGAUUACUUUAGUAAAUAUUAGCCUCAGGAAUACGAACUAUGGAGCGUGGAAGGAUGAGUCGAGCAGUCAGCAGCAGACACUCGGAGCUGCCGAUGCGAGUUCAAGACAGCAACAGGAUGAGCAUGGUUUACACAACACCUCAGAGCAAACAGCCUUCAUUUGGGAAACUCAACAUUCCCAAACCACAAUCUGGUACUUCUGAGAGGCGGACCAGCUUCUUUAGUGCCAGGACUAGUGGAGCCAGCAUGCAUCGUAACAGCACCAUGUCAGGGUUUGGAGGAACGGAGAAGAUCAAAGAUGCCAGGCCUCUCCAUGAUAAAUCUUAUGUUCAACAAUGCAUCAGACAAUUACAUGAGUUUUUGACUGAGCAGGGAUACCCAGGCACUUUGACAUCGAAGACCCUCCAGUCUCCUUCCACCAAGGAAUUUGUGAAGAUAUUUGAGUUCAUCUACCGCCAACUAGAUCCAACCUUUGAGAUGCCAAACCAAAAAGUAGAGGAAGAGGUUCCAGCUAUCCUAAAAGCUUUGAGGUAUCCAUUUGUUCUCUCUAAGUGUUCGAUGUACUCUGUUGGAGCUCCUCACACCUGGCCUCAGGCACUAGGUGCCCUCAUGUGGCUCAUUGAUAAUGUAAAGAUCACCUGGAGUCUGAGUAGGCAGGAGCUGCUAUUUAGUGACUUCUGUGAUGACAGUGAAAAUAUUGAGGAAGGACCUGAAUAUAACAAGCUCUUCCAUGACUACACAGUUGAAACAUACUCCAAGUUCAUGCAGGGUGAUGAUACAUUUGAAGAUGAAGAUGAGGCAUUUCUCAUUAAAUUAAAGAAGCUUUACAAUGUGGAUGAAGCACUGCUGGCUUCAAUGGAGGAGAAGCACCGAAUACUAACCAGUGAAGUUGAAAGACUGGAGAAGGAGAGCCAAACGGACCGUCUAAUGACUAAGAGGAUGGAAAAGGUGAAGCUGCAGUCAGACCUCAAGAAACUGCAGAGUUAUCGUAGCAGCCUGGAUUCCUUCAAAGCCAACCUGGAGAGCAAAGCUUCAGAACUGACUGAUGACCUGGAGAACACUGUCAGCCAUCUGGAGACUCUAAAACAUGAGCGGGAUGAACUGCAGCACAUCCUGCAGAACCAGAAGUUCACUCCAGCCGAUGUUGAAAGGAUCAACAGAGAGAAAGGAGAACUCCAACAGACUAUCUCCAGCCUCAGUAAGUCUCUAGAGGACGCUGAGCAGCACAAGUGGAAUGAAGAGAUCGCUCUGGCCAAAGUGAAAGAAAAGGUGGAAUUGAAACUCACUGAGUACCACAAGUUGGCACGUAAACUGAAGCUGAUACCGCUGUCAGCGGAGAACGCCUGCGGUCAUGAUUUUGAAAUCAGACCUUUUGAAUAUGGCUCUGGCGGCAUGGUUCAGCAUAAAACACAAAUACAGAUGCUCCUUAGAAAGUUGAUCAGUAAUGUGGAGGAGGAGAACAGUCGAUUAACCAACAUGAAACUCAGUCUGGAGGAGUCCUGUGAACAGGUGAAUUCAAAUAUCUUGGACAAGUCCAAUGACCUGAAGCAGCUCAGAGAGCAGAUUCGUAAGCUGGAUGAGCAACUGGAUUCUCACAUGCAGGAGCUGGCCCGUGAAGAACAGGAAUGGGCAAAAGAGAUAGAGUCCAUGGAGAACCACCGUAAGCUUCUUGAGAAGAAGGUUAAUUAUGGUUAUGAUGAUGCAAUGCAACAACUGAAAGCAGCACAACAACAGUACCACCUAGUGCUUCAAGAGACCAGUGAGGAAAGGCGAACAGUAUUCAACAACCUUGCCUCAGUGUUUACUACAGCUGCUAACCACUUAACAAUUACAGAGAAGUGCAUGGAAGAUCUUCACAGCAGAGUGGAGCGCGCCUGCUCUAAGGCUGUCGAGGAGGACGACGCUGCCCUUCAGCAGCUGAGGGACAUGUUGAGGAGCUUCACCUCCAAGGCCAAUAGGCUAUAAGAAGUAGCAGCAGCGUGGAGGCCUUCAACGCCCAUGUUCAGUUUUUUAAAAAAUGUAACUAAUUACUAUCAGAAUUAGAUUUUGAUGUUUUUCAUCUUAAGUCUUAGAAAUGUGUCACAUAAUUUACAGCUUUACAGUAUAUCAAUAACAAAUGAAAAAAGCAUUUUUGGCCACUGCCUGUUUUCUGUAUAUAAGUUAUUGUGUUUGUAAUUACUGCCGUAGUAGGAGUGUUUUUCUGUUCGAGUUCUGUUCUGUUAAUGUACACAGUCUUAAUAUCUGACAAAAACCUCUUGCUGUGUUCAUAUUUCCUUAUUCUUGUGCUUUCUAUUUUAUGUCAACAUUUCUCUGGUUUUACUAAUAAACAUUCAUAUGCAUG